CAGGAGGAGGGGAGGCCCGGGGGUCAGGAGGAGGGAAGCAUGUGUGGAGUUCUCAGGAGCAACAAGAAACAAGACUUUGUGAAGAAAAACAUUAAGUUGGUGAGCGGUGCGGGAGCCCUGGUUGCCAUGACGCAGCAGGAGGAGACUCGCCUGGCAGAGCUUCUCAAGGACAUCCAGGAAGAGGAGGAGGGUACUGGGCCAGCAGCCUGGGAGGGAGAAGGGUGGGUGGUGAGAGUUCCAUGUGGCCAUGGCUACACCCCAGAACCAGCCCUGCUAGACCAGCUACUUCACCUCGACUCCAGGCUCCAGCUCCUCCUUCCUGUCGAGGAUUUUCUGUCUGUGAGAAGCCCGUAUCCUGACCACAACCUGCCCCAGGUGCGGCUGGCUGGCUGGGAGCGCAGGGGGUCCCGGCCCGGAGAGAAGGUCCUGCAGGACAUCAGGGAGCGCAGAGACCAGGAGAGGCGUCUUGAACAGAUCCAGCAGCAGCUGGAGAACCUGGGCCAGGGCCAGGAGCGGACUAGUGAGCCCCCAGGCCUGCUGGAGGAGCAGCUGAGGACCCUGCUGGAGGAGUGUGUGCAGGCCCAGAGCAGAAGCUGUGCACUGGGGAGUGGCUGCAGAACAGGAGACACCACCCCGGGGGAUUCCGCUGAUGCUGACAGUCUGCUGGGCAGCCAGACCCAGCUCUCUGACACGCUGCUGUCACAGCUUCUGAGAGACGCCUACACCACCGGGACCACCACCAGCCAGCAACCAGUCCACAUGGCCCCAGACAGACCACCACAUGGCCCCAGAUAGACCACCACCAGCCAGCAACCAGUCCACAUGGCCCCAGACAGACCACCACAUGGCCCCAGAUAGACCACCACCAGCCAGCAACCAGUCCACAUGGCCCCAGACAGACCACCACAUGGCCCCAGAUAGACCACCACCAGCCAGCAACCAGUCCACAUGGCCCCAGACAGACCACCACAUGGCCCCAGAUAGACCACCACCAGCCAGCAACCAGUCCACAUGGCCCCAGACAGACCACGACAAGCCAGCAACCAGUCCACAUGUCCCCA